CUUUUCCCUCCGGCUCGGGAGCGUCUCGCCCGCGGCCCGGGCCCGCGGCGCCCGCGCGGCUGCGGUCUUCGGGUGGCCGCGCGCCGGCUCCAGGAAGCCGGGAGGGCACGGUGGCCGGGAUGGCGCGGCGCGGGCCGCGCGGCUAGACGGGCGCCAGAGGAGCCGCCGGCCCGCGCCCUCCGUUCUGUCCCGGAGCCGGCUCCACGCGGGAUCAGCAGCGGCCGCGCCGCGGGGAGCCGCCUUCGCUGUCGCCGGGCACCUAGACGCUUGCGAGCGAGAUGCCCAACCCCAAAAACAGCAAAGGCGGCCGCAAAAACAAGCGCGCCAACAGCAGCGGGGACGAGCAGGAAAAUGGAGCCGCGGCCCUGGCAGCGGCGGGCGCGGCGGGCGCGGCGGCCGGGGGGGCUCUGGCGGGAGCGGCCGGCUGCGGGGCGGCAGCGGUGGCGGCGGCGGCGGGCGCGCCGGGCACCGGGGGCGCGGCGGGCACCGGAGCCGCGGGGACUGGCGCCGCGAAUGCCGCGGCCGUUGUGGGCGCUGCAGCCGCAGGCGACGCUAGGAACGAAGCCCCUUGUGCCACGCCCCUGAUCUGCAGCUUCGGGAGGCCGGUGGACCUGGAGAAGGACGACUACCAGAAGGUGGUGUGUAAUAAUGAGCACUGCCCCUGCAGCACCUGGAUGCACCUGCAGUGUUUCUAUGAGUGGGAGAGCAGCAUCCUGGUGCAGUUUAACUGCAUCGGCCGGGCUCGCAGCUGGAACGAGAAGCAGUGCCGCCAGAACAUGUGGACAAAGAAGGGCUACGACCUGGCCUUCCGCUUCUGCUCCUGUCGCUGUGGGCAGGGCCACUUGAAGAAGGAUACGGACUGGUACCAGGUGAAGCGCAUGCAGGAUGAGAAAAAGAAGAAGUCUGGGUCAGAGAAGAGUGCAGGGAGGCCCCCGGGGGAGGCUGUGGAGGAGACAAAAAAAGGCAGGCCCCCGAACAAGCCCCAGAAAGGCCUGAACCACGAUCUCCCCCGACGGCAUUCCAUGGACAGGCAGAACUCCCAGGAGAAAGCGGUGGGUGCCGCGGCCUACGUCGCCCGCUCCCCGUGUGUCUCCCCUGGCCAGUCCCCACCCACAGGCUACUCCAUCCUCUCCCCUGCCCACUUCAGUGGUCCCCGCUCCUCGAGAUACCUUGGGGAAUUCUUAAAGAACGCUAUCCAUCUGGAGCCUCACAAAAAGGCCAUGGCUGGCGGCCACGUGUUCAGAAAUGCCCACUUCGAUUAUAGUCCGGCCGGAUUGUCAGUUCACAGAGGGGCGCACUUCGAUGCGCCGGUGCAGUUCCUGCGGCGGCUGGACCUCUCCGAGCUGCUCACUCACAUCCCCAGGCAUAAGUUGAACACUUUCCAUGUGCGGAUGGAAGACGAUGCCCAAGUGGGCCAGGGCGAGGAUCUGCGCAAGUUCAUUCUUGCGGCCCUCAGUGCCAGCCACAGAAAUGUUGUAAACUGUGCUCUGUGCCACCGGGCGCUCCCGGUGUUCGAACAGUUCCCACUGGUGGACGGAACUCUGUUCUUAAGCCCAUCACGACACGAUGAGAUCGAAUACGAUGUUCCUUGUCACCUUCAAGGGAGACUCAUGCACCUGUACGCGGUGUGCGUAGACUGCCUGGAAGGGGUUCACAAGAUCAUCUGCAUCAAGUGUAAGUCACGCUGGGAUGGCAGCUGGCACCAGUUGGGCACCAUGUAUACCUAUGACAUACUGGCCGCCUCACCUUGCUGUCAGGCCCGCCUGAACUGUAAGCACUGUGGGAAGCCUGUGAUCGACGUGCGGAUUGGGAUGCAGUACUUCUCCGAGUACAGCAAUGUCCAGCAGUGUCCACACUGUGGGAACCUGGACUACCAUUUUGUGAAGCCAUUUUCCUCCUUUAAAGUUCUUGAAGCUUAUUGAUGAAAGCUUUGCUUAGUAAUAGCUAUUUUAUUGAUAUUGUUACUUUAUUACAUAUCUUUUAUAGGGAACCAUUCUGUGACAUUAAUUUCUUUUCUAAUUUAAAGGAGAGUUACUUUGUGUAUGUGUGCCACUAAGAGGGGACUGUCCCUUGCCCUGUCUUGAUUCCCAAGUGUUAGUCUGUGGUCAUGACCAGAGCCCAGAUGGGUGAUCCUAUGAGUUUGGGUAGGGGUUCACUCUCACUAAGAGUCUCUGAUGCAGCUUUAAGGUGGUGGGGAGGAUGGCACAAAUUUAGAAAAGGACUUGUGUGGUUAUAAACUAAAAGUGUGGUAGGAGUUGGGAGGAAACUCUUACUAAAAUGUUAACUUUCUAAAGACCCACUUUUAAAUCUUCCCUGGGCCUCGGGAAAAAUAUGAGACAAGUGAAUGUAAGUCUGUACCUGGAGAGCUAAUAGUGUGUUAGUCUGUUUCAGCUUAGCGUUCUGCAGCACACGUUGACAUAAAAUUUACUUUGAGUGACAGAUGAUUUGAAAGUGGACAGAAGUGCUGUUCCUAUCAUUUGUUGUAAUUUAAGUCAAUUUUUCAUACUGAAAAUAAUAUCCAAAUUAUAAGACAUAUGAAAGCUGUUGGUGUUGCAAAUAUUUUUAGGUAAGCUGACCUAGAGCAGAAUAUAUGACUUGAAUUUGAAAAUGAUGCAUGCUGACUCAAGAGGGCAAAAAGGCAGAACUCUGUCAUUUGAAUUGUGUCUUUGAAGUUGGUCAAAAUAGCUCUUACGGAGAAGUCAUGAAUAACAUGAUUUGGGUGGUGGUAAUUUAUACAGGUUGCAUUGUUGAAGUGCCACCUGGUGUCAGAUCUUUCUCCCAGGUAAAUCUCACAGCCACAGAACCUAACUGGAGAGCUUCAGAGCCAAUUAUUACCAUACUUAUCUUCCUCUAAAUUUCUUAUGGUUGUGUUUAACCCAGGUAAUACUGAGUUUCCAAAAGCAAAGAUUUGACGUUAGGAGGGAAAGGAAAGAAAUUGUUUGAGAGGAUGAUGAAGAAAAGAAUAGUAAUUUAAAUAUUUCUUUUUAAAAGUGUAUUUUAUUUUGAAAAAUCAGUGAUUGUAAUGCAUAACAGUAUGUUUAAAAAAAAUAGGUCAUUAUAAUGAUUCCCAUGAUACCGUACUGUUGGUGGAAAAAGAUAAUAUAUAGAACUUGAUUAGUCAGAGCAUUGGACAUUCCAAAAUACAGCCUCUGUUUAUUAGAUCUCGGUGAUUUAAAUAGACCAAUAUGCCAUACACUUAUAGAAUUGGAACUGGAACAUGGUUUCUCAAAAAUGAGUUUGACAAUUUUAUGUAUGAUAUACAUAUAUGCUAAAAGAAUGCUGAAAAUAUAAUUAUUUUAUGGAUAGCCAAAUUUGGGGUUGAUGUGAACCUUUUAUAUUACUCAUUUGGUUUAUACCAUUUUUUUUCUUAGUGUAGCUUUUCUUUUCAGAAGUGUUCAGGCAUUAUUGAAAGUGAGUUUCAGUUCUACAUGAAAUAUUUGCUGUUUUGUUUGAAACAGUGCAGCAUUGAAGAAUUGAUGCAUUGACUAAUAUUUUUCGUCUUUCUGUUUGGGUGAUUGUUAUUUGGUUUGCUGCAUCUAGUUUUGUGUUUGAUGAUCUGAAAGAUAUUUCACAGUGGGGUAGAUACUCAAAAUGCCUUUAAGAAGCAGAAAAUCAUUAUUGGUCUGACAGUGUUAGCUGCAACUAAAAGAGGUCUACAGGACAUAGCCCCUUGCAAAUUUGUCUUUAAUACACAAAGCUGUAAUUGUGAAUUAGCUCUUUCCCUAUUGGUUCUCUCAUGUACCCAAGUAUAAAAAUUGAUAAGUUUCUCUUCGGAGUACCAUUUGGAUUUUAUUUCUGAAUUUAAAAUAAAUAGUAAAAUAUUUGUAAUGCUGGUCUUUAACACACCUAAAUUUUUAUAGUGAAACCUGCUUAUAUUGUUCUGAAGCUUAAAGUUGACCUAUACAUUACACUCAGUAAGCUUAGUUUAAAACUGCUGUGGGUGUAGUGUAUACUGCAUUUUAUUUUUUGUCCUUAGAUUGUUUUUUAUACCCUGAAAAAUAAGUUUGAUGAGGUUUUACUGCAAUUGGGUAAAAUUUGCUUUUGGAUGUUAUUUUGAUGAUAAAGUUAGGAUUCUAUGGAUGUAAGUAGUUAGGUAAAAAGAGAGGCAUGAGUAUCAUACCUGAGAACAUCUUUUGCCUUUAAGGCAUUAUAUUCUUGUCUAAAAGGAAAAUGUGACUUAUUUGAGAAUAAAAUAUAAUUGAGUGUGCAACACUAUAAAGAUCAAUCUUAUUUUGGAAAUCUGCUGACCUUAAUAUUUUCCCUAAGCUUGCCUUGAGUACGUUGAUCAUAUUUGGAAUAUGUCAAGAAAGAUUAUUAUUUUUGUUGUGGUUAGGAUUUUAAAGGAUAUUGGUCACCCAAGAGAUCCAGUUUCUCUUUUCCUGAUGAAUAGUGUUCAGUAAUGUGAAACAGUCUUGAGAGUGGCUGGCUAAUAAUUUCCAAAUGAUUUUUCAUCUACUCAACUUUUUUUUAAUCAUUUAUUUUUAAGAAUUCUGUACCUUGAAUAUAAAAUUAUCUGCUUUAGUUUAGUGAGAAGACAAUUUCUGAUUUGUUAUUUUCUCUUCAGGCCAUCUCAGCUCUCCACUCUUCUGGUUACAUCUGAAAGCAGUUGAUAUACUGGGUUUAUACUUUAAAAGGUAGACAUUGUGCCAUGAAUUUGGGGAGUUGGGUGAGUUAUCCCAUUCUAAUUACAAAGCAGCUUUCCCCAAACACCCUUUAAUUUCUAGUUUUUGUGAAAGAAGUUCAUUUUCUGAAUAAAAGGUAUUUUCAUAUCUGGUUAGGGCAAAUUAACUCAUCAAGAAAGAAUAUUAUUAGAUAUUUAAACCCUAGGACUACCAAUAGACUGAUUCGUAACUUAUUGACCACCAGAGCUAACUUGCUGAAAUCUUUUGUUUAGUCCUGCAAGACCAGUGUUUACUGUGCAGUCUUCUCCUGUGCCCAGGUCAGUAACUACAGUUUGCUUUUCUGUUUACUCCCCUGGCAGCAGCUGUUGAGUUUAAUUUUAGUUGGAGGAUGGGGAGGAGGUGAGGAGAAAGUGCUCAUGCUUAGUGUUUUGUUUGCUAUCAUAGGACACUGCCUAACCCAGUUCAUCUCUAUGUCCUGGUGACUUCAUUAUUAUUACAUGUAAUUGAAAGAAAAUAUAAUGGAUGGGCACCACAAAAACCAGCUCAAAAAUAUAUUCUUGUCACUAAUGAUUUCUUGUCAAGAUGUCUUGGAUUGCACUUUUGUUGAGGGAAGAUAGUGUAAAUAGUUAAAGAAUGUGGAUAAAAUUGAAACAUUUGGUUGUGGAAUUGUGUGUGUUGUUAGAGGGUUUCUGUUUGUGAAAUGUAUGUAUUAAAAAUAAUAAAAUUUCAGAAACUAA